GACUGGUCUGGCCAACCACGUCCCCGAACCGUGACGAUGACAAAAACUACAUCCACGACAACAUAUAAUUUGCACUCGCGCACUCGCGCUAGAGCUAGCUCAGUUUCUACCCCCGCAAGUGAAAAGAACGCACCAGUGAGAGAUGCCUAUGGAAAUUUUAUCGUUGAUCUGCUCUCUCUAGUCCAUGAAGCGUCGAAGGGUCCUGGCACAGCAGCCAAGACUCAGGAGCCCGUAGAAUCCCCUUUGACCUCAGUAGGGGGGUCCCCUGGGACCAAAACUGAGAGUCUGUCCACAUUGAGACCCACUUGCUCGUACAGCGAGGUGGUUCGUGCGAGUAGCCCUGGGAGCGACAGAACUGUCGCCCAGGAGAUUACCUUACGGCCUAAGCCAAUAUUUAGUCCGGCAGACGGUGAUAAUGAUAAUAGACUUACUGAAAGUGAGGGCAAGCAUGUCCACAGUGACGUAGCCAAAGAACCCGAGCUCACCAGCAGUGAUGAGGACGAUGACGAUCGUCCUUGGAUCCAAGUCUCCUGUAAGGGGAGAGACUGGGCCAAGACACCCGAACGGCCCUCUAAGGAGCCAUUAAGAACUUCGGCUAGAUGUGAAAGUGAUGUUAGUAGCCAGAACACACCUGCCAUGAGAGGGACAAACCUUGGUGAGGGGACUUCCAAAGGUAAAGGAGUCGAUCCCAGGAACUGGGGGGACGCAAUGCUCGAUGAAGAGGAUUUGGAUCUUGAGGAGCAGCGCGCUACACUAGAAUCCUUCAAAACAGUGAAGGAAAUCGCCAGUGAGACAGAAUUGUCUUCUGAAGACGACUUGCAUGGACCAAAUAAGAGGUCAGACCCAGUGAGAACCGGCCCUCACCGUAUCGAUGGAAAACGACAGGCUGAUCUGGUUGACUGCUCUGACAGCGUAGAUGUCCGCGACAAUGUUAUCGUUAUGGAGGUGGACAAUCUCCUUGUAGGAUGGCCGGCAUACGAAAUAAAAUUCACUCCUAAAAAACCAGGCCCCAUGAAACUCAUCAUUCGUCUUAAAGACACUGUCAAACUCAUGCAUGUCGAAGAAUCUACUGACAGUGAAGCUGAAUUAUUGUUUCCAAGCAACGGACGGAAGAGGGCUCACAAGAACAAGAAAGUCAAGAUUGACUCAGUUAUCGAUGCAAACAAAAUUGUGGAAGAUCUUGCAGCUCUCAAAAUAACGUCUACGAGUUCCGACAGUACCUCAUUCCAUGCGAAUCCUGUACGAUUGGUAGGAAUUUGUAACCCUCCAGCUGUUCCUGCCCAUGUCACUUUCAAACACAAAUUCGGCAACUCAGACAAAUCAUGGCCGCCUGUCCGCUCUCCGAGUCGGCACACUCUCAGAGAUAUUGAGAAGAACGAACAAACCAACAUGUUUCAGAUGGUCAAAGCCAUUCCUGCCGCUGUUGCAGCCGACAAAACGAACUCUUAG